CUGGCAAUAAGAAUGCAUUAAGAAGUAAAAGAAAAAUCCAGAUUGGAUUAAAAAUAUGUGGAAAGCACAUUAGGAAAGAGGCUACAGGCGGUGGCAAGAGACAGGCAGAUAUGAUGAAAUCUCUCGGCAAAGUUGCCAUCAUCGAAAAGGGCAAAGAAUUUUUCUUUCCAGAGGGCAACAGAUUCGGUCCAGUUGAUAAUUUUAUUUUUGAACUGGAGAAUUUCAAACAAAGAAAGAUCGAUAGCCGAUAUUCAGUAGGUGACAUGUAUGAGUCAACAAAAUUGCCUCUGCUGAGGUUCUAUCUCUGUGCGGUGCCAAAACCAGAUUAUGCCAGAGCAACCAACGAUGAAGAGCUAAAUGCAAUUAGUUCAGCACCCGAUGCUUUUAAGUCAAUGGCUGGUUCCUCGAGUAUGACUAGAACCGUAACUACAGCAGAUAUGUCCCCAAAUGGGUUAGAAGGCUCCACAUGCAUGUCCCAUAGAGGCUCCACCGAAAAUGUGUCUACGGAAGUGGCUAGUCAUUCCCCAGUUAGUCCUGCUGCUGAUUGUUCCAAGACGGUGUUCAAACUCCCACCCUGCACCAGCGUACAGGACGUUCUAGAUGAACCACAAUCCUUUCAGUUUAUAAUUGAGAAAUCUGAUGAAACUCUAAACCCAGAGAGCUUGUUUGGAAAUCCUAAAACCCCUGUAACGAGCUCACCCACUGUUGUUAAUCUCGGCACCCCAACAGUGCAAUCACGAGCAGAUCUAUUGAGUGCAGGUAACGUUUUGGAUGAAACAAUGUCACCAGUGAGAUCUCUCCCCAUUCCUAACGACCUUAUGAACGAUGUUGAUGACCAGGUUCACCCUGUCGCCGUGGUUGCUAAUGUGGCAGAAGAUGAACCAAGCAACGAUACCAAUACUCCAGUUCAGAAACUUAAACUUCAUAAGGGACAUGUGUUAAAAGAACUCAUCGAGUUCUAUAACAAGACUGUUGAUGAUAUUAAAACCCUUGAAGUCCAGAUGAUCAUACCGAAUGGGACGAUAGAAGCAGCAGAGGACUGUGGAGGUGUGCUCAGGGAUACUUUGUCAGAAUUCUGGGAGGACUUUUAUUCAUUGAAUACAACAGAUGAGAACGUGAAGGUACCGUGUAUACGGGACAACAUGAAAAAACAGGAUUGGCAAGCCUGUGCCAAGGUGUUGGUACUCGGCUACAAGAAGGAGGGAUACUUUCCAUACAAGCUGGCUCUGCCUUUUUUGCAGUUUACUAUGGAUGGAGAUGACACACUCGUCACCAGAGAGCAUGAGUCGCUGCUCCCUGCGUUUCUAGAAUAUGUGUCCGUCUCUGAAAGGGAUCUGUUUGAAGUAGCUCUAAAGAACUUCAGUGAAGUUGACAACGAGGCAUUGCUUGAAGUGUUGGAAACUUACAAAGUCAAGAGAUGCGUCAGGGCUGACAAUGUGGAGGACAUAUUGAAGGAUGCUGCACACAGAACCCUCAUUCAAGCUACCGCUUACAUCUGCAGUUGCUGGCAUCCAUUCUUUGUCAACAAUCUGAGACCCAUCUUGAAGGGCAGCUUGACUGACGUCUGUAAGCAGGCACUUCCAACGACUAAACGAGUAAUUGAUGCCCAACCUAGUCAACGAAGCUGAGACAAAUACCUGCAGGCUUUUGUCAAAAUACAUCCGAAGCCUUUCAGCAGAUAAACGAACGAACUUCAUGAGAUUUGCAACAGGAGCCAACCUCAUGCUGGGACAGAUGGUCACAGUCAGGUUUGUGGAAUAGACAGAGAUUGAAAGACGCCCCGUAGCCGACACAUGCGGAUGCAUCUUGGAAUUGGCCACAAGCUUUCAAGGACCUCAUCGAAUUUCGGUCGGAGUUCAGUGCAGUCUUGGAAACGAAUGUGUGGGUGAUGGAUAUUGUUUAGCUUCAUGACAAAAUCACGUGCAUUUAGAAACCAUAACGUCAUAACUGAAUGUCGAAUAUUUAUUUCCCAUGUGGACUUUUUAAUGUAGUUUUCAUUGAGGUCUAGAAGUUAAAGACCAAAUCUGAACUCAGAAGACCAAUUUUAUUUUCAAACAUUAACAAAGUGAAAACAUGCUUGUCAGCCUUGUGGCUAAUUUAUUUCGCAUCUACUAGUAUAGAUAGUGUCCAUUUAUUUUUAAACUUUUACCAAAAUCUGAUGUGGCAAAAAUACUGACCACAAUUUGUUGUCCAUGUACUAGUAUUUUAAUUUUGCAGACUUUAACGAGUUUGAUAUGGCCAGAAUUUAAGUUAUUUGCGUUCUGUUUUAUAAUUUUGUACUUGUUGAUUUUUAUAUGGUUGAUACCAUAUUUCUACAUUAAGAAAUAAACCAUGUUUGAUCUU